AUGGCGUUGUCCCCGGCUGACGUCCGUGUCCCUUCGGCAGUGACUGACCUGGAGAUCAAGUUCCAGUACCGGGGCCGUCAGGUCUGCGUCCUCACCAUCAGCAACCCCCACGGCUGCCGCCUCUUCCACAGCAGCCUGGAGCCCACGCAGGAGCAGGUGGAGCUCUUCGGGCCGUUGACGCUGGAACAGGUCCGCUUCCCCGCCAACGACGCCAUACCCAACGAGAAGCAGAGGUUCUACACCCACCAGCUCCUGGACGUGCUGGACCGCGGGCUCAUCCUGGAGCUGCAGGGCCAGGACAUCUACGCCAUCCGCCUCUGCCAGUGCAAGGUCUUCUGGACGGGGCCCUGCGCCGCCCACCACGCCGGCCCCAACCCCAUCGAGAGGGAGAAGAAGACCAAGCUUUUCAGCCUGGAGGGGUUUCUCAACGGUGAGAGGAGAAGGGAGGUGGUUGUCUCCUGUGCUCCUUGGGGACACCAGAUGAGAUGGAGAGGGUCAGCGGGCAUGGAGGAGGGGGGACACCAGGCGGCACGUGGGGGCCAGAUAGCGUGGUGGGGGACCAAGAUGGGAUGGAAGGACACCAACUGGUACAUUGGGACCCUGAUGGCAUGGGGGAACGAGCUGAGAUGA